UCCUGUCGACGUGUGGCUGCUCGCGCAGCUCUUCUUCCGCACUUCUUGGAUACGUUCUCGGUGAAGCGCGACGGCGACCGGGCCGCGGAGAAAGGCGCUGUCCAGGUUGAAUUUGAAUUUUGUUUAGGGUGUGUCGUGUGCAGCGGUUCCCGAUGGCGACACAGGGCCGUUUUCGGAGCGCUUUUCCUUGAGAAUUUAAUUAAAAAAAAAAAACAACACAGUACAGAGUAGUGUCAGCACCGCCGGUCUAGUUUCCGCACGUAUGAUGACGACCCGAGCGAGGGCUUCUCCCGAAAUCAUGAUUUUCGUUGCAGGUCAGAGCGCUCGACAGAAAUAUUAGUUCACUGUGUUGACGGUGACUUUUGCUGCCACCCAGGUAUCCAAAAUUAAUUAAUUAGCUAAUUCAGAGGCCGCACCGGAAGUGGGUCCGAGUACUUCCUGUUGAGGUUCUAUGACAGAAGAGCUGUAGCCAUGACGGUGUCCAACUGGGGGCUCAUCAUGAACGUGGUGAACAGCAUUGUGGGGGUGAGCGUGCUCACCAUGCCUUUCUGCUUCAAGCAGUGCGGCAUCGUGCUGGGAACCCUGCUGCUCUUCUUCUGCUCGUGGAUGACGCACCAGUCCUGCAUGUUCCUCGUCCACUCGGCCAGCAGCACCAAGCGCAGAACCUACGCCGGUCUCGCUUUUCACGCGUACGGGAAAGCAGGGAAAACGCUUGUGGAGACGAGCAUGAUCGGGCUGAUGCUGGGGACCUGCAUCGCCUUCUACGUCGUCAUCGCCGACCUGGGAUCCAAUUUCUUUGCGCAGCUUCUUGGCCUCCAGGUGACGGGCAGUUUCCGCAUCCUGCUGCUCAUCGCGGUGUCCCUGUUCAUCGUGCUCCCACUGAGUCUGCAGAGGAACAUGAUGUCGUCCAUCCAGUCCUUCUCCGCCAUGGCCCUCAUGUUCUACACUCUCUUCAUGUUCGUGAUAGUGUUGUCCUCUCUGCGUAACGGCUUUGUCAGUGGCUCGUGGGUGGAACACGCACACCUGUGGCGACUCUCGGGGGUCAUUCAGUGCCUGCCCAUUAUCGCCACCACCUUCUGCUGCCAUCCGCAGGUCUUGCCCACCUACGACAGCCUAGAUGAGCCCUCGGUCAAGAGGAUGAGCACCAUCUUCACAUCCUCCCUCAAUGUGGUCACCACCUUCUACAUCACGGUCGGGUUCUUUGGGUACGUGAGCUUCACGCAGACCAUCGAAGGCAACGUGCUGAUGAACUUCCCCUCUAACUUGGUGACCGAGAUGAUCCGGGUGGGCUUCAUGAUGUCGGUGGCAGUGGGCUUCCCCAUGAUGAUCCUGCCCUGCCGCCAAGCCAUCAACACGAUGCUCUUUGAGCAGCAGCAAAAGGACGGCACGUUUGCUGCCGGGGGCUACAUGCCGCCCCUGCGCUUCAAAAUGAUCACCCUCUCCAUUGUGUUUGGCACCAUGCUGGGCGGCAUCCUCAUCCCCAACGUGGAGACCAUCCUGGGGUUGACUGGGGCCACCAUGGGCAGCCUCAUCUGCUUCAUCUGUCCUGCCCUCAUCUACAGAAAGAUCCAGAAGAACAGCCUAUCUGCGCAGCUGGUGCUGUGGGUCGGCCUGGGCAUCCUGCUCAUCAGCACCUUCACCACGCUGUCUAUAUCGGCCGGCCAGACCCUGAGGCGGCCGCCACCACCUGCCUUCGGUGCUCAGAACACCUUGGACAAGGUCGCCAUAGAAAAGCAAGAACCCGCCAAGAUCUCCGUUGAGAACCCAGUAGUGGCAGAGCCAGCGGACCGCCAGGAGAUACCAGAUAUCCCCGGGGAGGCGGGUCGGCCCCCACAGGGGGAUCCUCCGGAACCACCCCAGAUCAUAGGGCCGGUGGAGAUCCCCGGUCAGAAGAAGGGCGAGGAAGUACAGCUGGACCGACCUGACGCAGGUGUAGCUGUGCCUGAUGGGGAAGCCCACCGCCAUGAGCCCCCCAUCCCUCAUGACAAAGUGGUUGUGGAUGAGACAAAGGAUAAGGAGGAGCUGGAACAGGAGGGGAAGCAGCCCGCAGCGAACUUGGGAGACUCUGAGCAGGGGGUGGGGCUGGCAAAAGAGGCGGGGCCAAAAGAAGGCCAUGCUGAGGAGGCCCUCCUGCUGCCAGAGGCUAAGAGGGAACCUGUUGGGAUACAAAGACAAGGCGACGGUGCCAACGCUGUUGAGAAGCCCGUGCACAAUGUGCCGCCAUACAAGGACCUUGAAAAAGUGCCAGCAGAGAAAGAGGUGCAUGCUGGGAAGGGAGCUGCGCAUGAAGGAGGCAAAGCAGAAGGAGAAGGAGCUCCGCUAGCAGAUUCUGAGAAACGAGAUCCGCCUGCAGCCCCAGAACCCGAAGCUGAGCAGCGAGGACCGGUGGAGCACAAAGAGGAAAGGAGUCUGGACGCAAAGGAGGCUGAUGUAGAGGACAAGAUGGAGGUGAUUAAAAAGCUGGUCGCAGAGGGCCAGCUGGACCAUGCAGUGCUCCUGCAGGUGAUCAAGGAGCAGCAGCAGCAGCAAAAGAGGCUGCUGGAUCAGCAGGAGAAGCUCCUUGCUGUCAUCCAGGAGCAGCACAAAGAGAUCCACCAGAAGCAGGAGGGAGGAGACGAGCUGCCAAAGGAGAUCCACCAGAAGCAGGAGGGAGGAGACGAGCUGCCGAAGGAGAUCCACCAGAAGCAAGAGGGAGGAGAUGAGCAGCACAAGGAGAUCCACCAGAAGCAAGAGGGAGGAGACGAGCAGCACAAGGAGGAGAUCUACCAGAAGGAGGAAGCGAAGGAGGAGCCACAGCGGCCAGCAGACAACCAGCCUGCAGCUGUCGCAAAGAAGGUCGUGCAGGAGGAGCACCUACACUCCAUGGAGAAGGAUGGGCAGCCCAGGGCCAAAGAGGUGCCUCCAGAAGUGGGGGGCCAGGAGCAACUAGCACAACUGGCCAAUGAGCCUGACGUUCCUGAGAAGCCCAUGAAGGAUGGUGCCCCCCAGCCUAGAAGGGUGGAGGUCACCCUAGUCCCAGAGCUUCAGGGAGAGGGUCCCCACCAUCGGGACCCUGUUAGGCUGGAUCCAAACAAGGCAGAGGUGGCUGGAGGGAAAAGAGCAGAGGUAGGAGCACGAGGGAUCCCCCGGGUGCAGAAGAGCAAGGCUAAAGAAGGGGCAUUGGGCCAGGGACCCCUAGCAGACAGGGGGGAGAAGGAGGCGAUGGAGCAGGAGAAGCUGGAAAGGCAGCGCAAGGAGCAGGAAGAAGAGAUGAAGAGGCUGGAGGCAUCCAAAAGAGAGCGUGCGGCGCAGGAGGCAGGAAAGGGGGCGGUGCCUCCCCAGGCAGUGGUCGACGCCCCAGACGGCGGCAGGCAGGGGCCCCAAGAGGGAGUCCUGGAUAAGGAAGGAAAGCCGCUGAAGAAGAGCGGGAGGGACCUGAAGCAGAACGACCAGCUAAAGGCAGAAGAAUUUCCCGAGGAAGGAGCCGCAGCGAACCCCCCUCCCCGCCACCUGGGGGCACCCUCCGAUGAGCAUGGCGACCCGGAGCCCGAACAGCUGGACCUGAAGAGGAGACGACGGGACGUGGGCACCCAGGGUGGGGGCGUCCCAGGGCUGGAGCCACUGCUGGAAAUGGGGGGGCAGGAUCUCCACGCUGCACUUGAGGGACAGCUCCUGGGGGGGGUGCUCGUCCACACCCGGCAGAUCAAAGAGGCUCAGCAGUCAGAGAGAGAGAGAUAAUCCACAGAGGAGUGUGUCUCCCCCUCCUCAGCAACUUCUCAUGUUCCGGAACUUCCAUCGGUUGCACCCCCACCCAAGAGCCCCAGAAGGGGGGGGGUUCCUCCUCCUUCUCCCUGUCCCCCAGCUCAAAUCUCUGUGGCUUUCAGAGACCCAUCAAAGCCCCAGUGACCACUGAGCCAUGAUGGCACCCUCGUCAGUGUGGCACUGACAUCUCUACUUGGAGGAGGACCCCAUGGUCACGUCACCUUUGCUCUACCAUGGAGAUACCACACCACUGAGCUGUACCCCCCUGCACCGUGGUACUCUUUCAGACUCUUCAUGGUCAUCCUGCUCCCUGUAGAGUAAACUGACUUGUCAAUGGACAGCUGAUGAGCGGCACGUUUACCAGGUUCAGACCCUCCUUUGUACCGGAGUCUUGAAAGCCCUGCUUAUUCACCUUUCCCCCAGAGCCGUGAGCCGCAGGCUUAUCCUAAUGAAGGCCACCUUCACCCUCAGGUUUCGUCGAGUCUGAAGGGUCACGGUCAGUGGGAAACCAGCCAUCACCGGUUUCGGUUUCAACCAAACUGCUCAUCGGGUGUUUGCGAUUGCGAUUUCUUUUUUUUUUCUUUUUUUUUUUGCUGUUAACGCCCAGGACCACAAGCUUCGGGAAACAAGCAAUGUGUGUGAUGUUUGUGGAAGCCGUAGGAAAACUGUGAUACCUCCGUGCUCCUAGUUUAGUACUGUACUUUUUUUUUUUUUUUAAACUUGUCCAAUGAGACACAAAUGCACGGGGCCCCCGCUACCAGUGCAAUCCAAGACCCUCUCGAGUGUGAGGUGUUGAUCUCUAGACCUCCUGCAAUGCUACAUUCCACGUUCAAUUAUGAAUGCUCUCCUUCCCACGUGUGCCUUAUUCCACUUUUCUUACCCAGAUUCCAUGGAUUUUCCGCUGCUUUGUGCCUGUUGAACUGUAGUAACAUCAUGGUAAACGUCUCAUUUUAGUUUGGGUGUUACACCAUGGUAGAAGGUAGGAAACCUGCUCCUGUCGACCUGGAUGUACGUUCCCCUUAAAUACAAUACAGUAAUAUUGUCUGACAUUUUUAAUUUCUUUUUAUUUUUUUUCCUUUUUUUUGUCACGUUCUAUAUCCGUUCUUGUGCAAGAUGUGUGGUAAAUGGUCUGUCUGUUGCUAGUAGUAGCAGGUUUACCAUGCAACUGUGUUCACUGAUACCAAAUGAGCCUCUGCUUCACCACGAAAGACCAAAUACAAACGCCGGAGCGUCACUGUCACAAAGCAAUAGGUGAGCAGCUCCAUACUCUUUGCUCAAGUGUCUUAAAUGCUGCAAAACUGAAAAUAAUUUAAAAAUAAAAGUCAC